AGCACGCCUCUAUCUCGUUCACUAGGGUUUUGCAAAGAGAAGGCUUUUGUUUAGAGAGAGAUAGAGAGAGGGAGAGAGAGAGAUGUUUCUAGGAGCAAUACCGCGCAGGCCGGACAAGGCGGUUGCAUACAAGCAGCUGAAGACGCAUCUGAUGAUAAUGGGAGCAUGGGUUGCUGUGAUCCGUAUCACACCAUAUGUUCUCCAUUACCUUUCCCAAGAUAUAGAGGAGCUAAAGCUCGAGCUCUAAUCUCCCAGUGAGUUUUGGAAAUGGGAAGUCCAUAGAAUGAAGAAGAAAAGCUUGCUUGAAGUUUCAAGUUGCGAACUCAUGUCCUGAAAGGAACCCUAUCAUCAUUUUAUCAGUACAUUUUCUUAGUUCAGUAGCAAUGUUUCAGUGGGAUUUUUUCCAUUUUGGUGUUUGAAACAUAUGACAUUUGAAUGAUAUAGUAAGCAUAAAGCAGAUUUAUGCCUUGGGUUUA